CGUCACGGCGCAGAUCUCCCCUCCUUGCGACUUACCGGCGGUUUCUCGGGGAGCUACGGCAGUGAUCGUUCGAGGAGACGGGCCUGCGGCGUGGGCACAUUUCGAAAGUUCAGUUCGGCCGAGCCGUGACGCCUGCCAGCUCCUUGAGGCGAGCGGGACAGAACGCUGGAGAAAUUGCAGACGAGGAGCGACGAGAAGAGGGUAGUGAAGCGGAGGGCUCUCCAGAAUUUGGCGACUUCAAUUUGGUGGCUUGUGGUGGCGGACAUUUGUCCGGUUUCGGGUAGUAAUGAGUCGGGUACGUCAGUAUGGUCGUUGAGGAAUCGUACGCCGUCUCAUGCAGAUUCAUGCUGCUCUGCUGGGCUGGGUGGUCAGGUCGCCACAACAUCAGAACAACGCAGCGAUGUACGGACGAUGGAUUCCGAUGUUCUGCGGGUGAGAGCGAUGGAGGAAUUAUUCUGUAGGAGUGGAGCUUCGCCCUAGGAAGGCGAGAUCAGCAGAGUUUGUAGGAGGUCAUUCAGCACAACAUGUCUCUUUACGAAGCUCGGCAUUGAAUCCAGGCAGCUCUGGUUGUCAUGCUGCGAUGGGAUGAGUGACGUGAGACGUAAAUGGGCUCGCCUAGUCGAUGAUGAGUUAGUUUUUACUCCGCUCCGAAUAGUUAUGGGGUUGCAGUCGCAAGGAUGAGUGGAGGCGCUGGAGCUCUUUCUCAUUUUGGUUUUUCUCCGAGGAGUGGCUUGCGAUUGCAGAGUAAAGGGCUCGGUUCGAUCGGAGGUGACAUUGACAGAUGGGUGUGUCGAACGAGUGGCAUUUUCAGCGGAAGAAUAUUGGAUUCGAGGGAACUCUAGACAAUGACAGAAACGACGACAUGAACGUUCUUGCAUUCGUGCCGGUACUAGAGAACCCGUAUGUGAAUCUGCAAGGAGUCCUGGUAAUUGAUGGACGUUAGGAUAGCGAAGGAGCUAUUGACGAUAAGGCAGCAUGUAUCGAAGCUUGUUACAAUGUUUCAAAAAGCUUGAUAUAUCAUGGAUACCAAUGGUACUAGAUAUGGGAGUUGGAGGCCACCAGAGGCCUCUCCGAUAUCAUCGACAUCAGUGGAGCUAGCUGGAAGUGAGGUGAUGGCUCCGAUAACUGAUUCUGGCCUGUCAUAUCCUGUAUCGAUGGGAUGCAAAAGUGCAUUCCUGGAAUGCGUGGAUAUGCAGCAGGUCAUGGAAGAGCUCGCAGGUGUUGAACGGGUUUGCAAUUCCAUGAUUGCAAGGUUACCAAGUUCUACAAAUCCACCAAAUGAGUGUUUAUCAGAUAACUCCCAAGCUGGUGUUCAAGAGAAUAAUCAGACCAACUUUCAGUCCGAGGCCGCCAACUUUCCCUCCACUGGUGUUUCUCAGGCCCGAGUGUUUGUGGAUCUCUCGUCGGAUGAUGAGUCUCGUGAAGAUGGUGAAGUGGUUCAGGACUGUACUGUUACGGCUCCUGUUAACGUUUUGCCACCCUUUCAGCAUGGUCCUUUUCCAAACGCAGAAAAUUAUCAGUUCAAACGCAAGGGAUUAGGCGUGAACAACGGUCAAGAAGAUGUUGAUUAUGAAGCACACGUGUUUCAGGUGCCUCGAGAUUUGCUGCAGAUUAACGACAACGAGGUUGAUGAAGCCACCUGGAAUGAAAGGGCUGAACUUUUAGCCGGAGGUUACAAGGCAGAGUUCAGCGCUGGUAUUCAAGAGACAAGAUUAAAGAAGAAGCAGAAGGCAGCCAGGAAGGAAAAAGUGACUUUUAUGCAGGAUCAAAUUAUAUCUAUCGACUCAGAUAACGAGGACACUGAUAAGAUUGGCAUACCGUCAAUACCAACUUUUAUUGAGAGCGAUGCCGCUUUGAACUGGAAGAACUUGAGUGGAAAGGAUUUUACCGACAUUAUAGGGGGGUCAGUGGUAAAAAAGCUAAAGGAAAAAACGCCCAAAAUCUCAGCAGAAGAAAGAGCAGAGAAACGAAAGGAGAAGGAGAAGGAGAAGGCACUAGUACAAGAACGAAGAGAAGACAGGUGGAAGAGAAAGCUAUUAGCAGAGAAAGCAAGGUUGUCCAAGAAGGAGAAGGAGGACCAGGAUUCUGAGGAGGAUUAUGAAUUGCGGGGACGAAAUGAUCAUACUGAGAAGUCGUCGAAGAAGGUGGUCGAACCUGAGGAAGAGGUCCGUCAGAUAACUAGCAGGUUGAAUGGAGAGAAAGUGGUUUACGAACCAUAUGUGUGGAGGAACAAUACGGAUGACAUAGACGAGGAAGAUUCAGGGCUUGAUGAUGUAUGGCAGGAUAUGGCCACCGUUGUAGCCGUCUCUUCAACUCUGAAUGUUGAUCCUUUACCUGUACAAAACACAAUAGAUUCUGUAUCGAAGGGGAAUGGAAUAGAAGAUUAUGCAGGCGAAGUGCGCAAGGUUUGUGAGGAUGGUGAGCAUGUACAUAUCGACUUUGACGAGGACAUGGGUUACUAUUGCGACCAUUGUGGAGCUAUGGAUUUAGAUCUACCUCAGGAAAAGACGAAGUCUGCAGAGGAUGAAAAUUCUGGUGUACAGAAGAAGCCAUGUGACCACAAGUUUCAUGGUUACAAGGACGAGGUUGGUCAAUAUUGCCUGCUUUGUGGGCUAGUUCGACGUGAUAUUCAAAAGACCUUCAUUGCCGAGGCCUUCAAACAGAAGACACCUGCCAAGCCGAAGAUCUCAGAGCCUAAGGAGCAUGAGGUAAUGGGUGCAACUUCACGAGUCAAUCUUAGAGUACGAGAUGUGAAUUCGAAUGAAGAGCCAGGUAUCGUUGAAGGAGAAAUUGAUUUGCACCUGCAUCCUCUCUACGAUGAAAAGUUGCACCCUCAUCAAAGAGACGGAUUCACCUUCCUUACGAAGAAUCUACUUGGUGACAAACACGGUGCAUCAGUGGGAUGUAUAUUAGCCCAUGCUCCAGGUACAGGGAAGACAUUCUUGAUGGUCAGUUUCAUUCAGAGCUUUUUAGCGAGAUUCCCUGAAGGGAGACCUAUCAUCCUUGCCCCAAAGAUCAUGCUGAAAACAUGGAAAGAUGAGUUUGAGAAGUUUAAGGUCGAGGACAUACCCACCUUCGAUCUUAAUGGAUGUAACCCUGUUGGGGUGAAUGACGAUGAAGAGGAGGGUGAAGGCGACUCCUGCUUGCCUGCGCACGUAAAGUUGAAUUUGAAGGAGAACCGAGCGAAAGUGCUACAUGAAUGGCAAGGAAGUCGAGGUGUAUUGUUGAUGAGCUAUACAUUGUUCGCAAUUCUUACUGAGAAAGGUCUGAGCGAGAAGGUUUUGUUAGAGUCUUUGGAUCAUCGAAUCUCCAAGGUUCUAUUAGAUGCUCCAGAUCUGGUUGUGUUGGAUGAAGGUCAUCUUGCGAGAACAAAGAAAACUAAGAUCUUGAGAUGUCUCAUGCGAAUGCGAACCAAACGAAGAGUACUCUUGUCAGGUACGUUGUUCCAGAAUAAUUUCAAGGAGCUUUACACUCUCUUGAAAUUGUGCCGAGAAGAUUUUAUGACGUCACGUCCAGAUUAUGCGAGAAGACUAGACGAACUUUGCGGUGCCUCCGUGGUAAAAAAUGGAGGAACGAACCCAACUUCUUCUCUGAGACAAAAGACAAACUCGCGUCGUCAGCACGAAGAAAACAUCUUUACACACGACUUCGGAGACAUACUGGAAAAUUAUGUGAGACACGGGGUUUCAUCCGAAGAGGAGACGGAAAGAAUAAACAGCGUUGUUCAAAAUCUCCGCGCCUUGACUGCCUCUUUUGUCCACUGGUAUCCGGGUAAAAUAUUAGAGACCCUUCCCGGCUUGGUCGAAUUCUCAGUGCACCUCAAUCUGACUGAACUGCAAGAGAAAGUUAUCUCAGAAUUGCCCACAAGAGGAAGGUAUCACAUGUCGAGAUACUGCAAGGUGUUGGCAGCUUGUAUACACCCAUCUUUAGUUAAGUACGAGGAGAAUAUCGAGCGUCUUGAUCCGGAGCGUCUGUUGGGUUCAGUAACUUCAGAAAACCUAGAAGCAGAAGCGUUUCAGGGGGUGAAAAUAGAAUUUAUAGUUCGAAUUGCGGAAUUGUGUGUCAAGGCCAAUGAAAAGCUUUUGAUAUUCAGUACUAACCUGGUUCCGCUGAGCUACAUAGAAGAGGUUUUUAUCAGAAAAUGGGCCUGGGUUCGAGGACAACAAAUCGUCCGACUUGAUGGUACAAUGGCAGAACACGAUCGUCAAGCUGUAAUUAGUCUAUUCAAUAAUAAGCAAGCGAAGGAGGGGGCAGAGGCCCAUGUUCUUAUGGCCUCGAUCAAAGCCUGUAAGGAGGGUAUAACUCUUGUUGGAGCUUCUCGGGUCAUCAUUAUCGACAGCCCUGACAACCCUUCAGUUGUGAGACAGGCGGUAAGUCGAGCUUUUAGAAUCGGUCAGAAGAGAAAAGUUUAUGUCUAUCGGCUAGUUACCAACAACAGGGAAGAGGAGGAACUCUUCAACAGAUCCGUGAAUAAAGAAAAGCUCUCCAAGGUUCUCCUUGACCGAGUCGGCAAAACCACGACGAAUAUUGGUGAGUUUCUCCAGGAGCUAUCUCCUUCAGAAGUGAAGGACGAGCUCUUGUCCAAGCUCGUGCAGGAUGAUGGCGGCAGGGCUAUCAAUGUAAUUUAUAGAUAUAAUGCAUCUGGUCUAUGUUGAGUGGUAGCUGAUUCAUAGUUCUUGCCGGUUCAGUGUCCAUCCUUGCCCAAGGAGAAGUUUUGCACAUACCGCGGCUCACACCGUGAAAUUUUGAUAUCGAAUAUGUACAUUAUGUAUCAUACCAUCCACUAAAUUGUUUAAGAAGGGUAGCUAGUCGGAUUUAAGGCACUGUACUCACUGAUAUGUUGCCCAUGAGUUGUACAGCCUUGUACUAUACUGUUGUAGCUCUAGUUUCCGUGCCUAGCGUAAAUAUGAAUCACUGAGAUGUCAACGUUUUUACAUGUUGAGACUUUACAUUAGAGCACUGUGGAGGGCUCCUUUUGUUUCCUGAGUCAAAUUUCAGGGAAGACUCUGCAUGACGAUCAUCACAGAUAGAUUUGUGUAGCAUCUAACGACGAAAUCUAGGACUUUUUUAGGCUGUGAGAUGCGAAGUGAUUUUUCCUCUGAAUUGUGUCAUCUCUUGAGGCAAGUAUCUCUUGCAAGAAGAUCGAAGUGUAUCAGGCUAAUAGCAACAAACCACAACAUUGUUCCCUG